UCACGCGAAUUACCCCAAUUCUUUUCCAAUUUACCACACGACGUGCUAAAACGGUGUCGUUAUUGGUUCCUCUGCCAUUCGUAAAACCCUCUCCCAUUUCUCCACAGUUAGUAGCCUCUUUCCCACUUUUGCUGCAGCAGCUAUGGCGUCUUCAAGAAUUGUCGCCAGAUUAUCAUCUCGGUUACAACCUUUUGCUCUCAAGCUCAACUCCCAGAAUACUUCGGUCUUGUCCAACAACUCUUCUCUGCUGAAAUCUGCCUCCCAGUCCGCCGUUAAUAGACGCUUGUCUCUCAUCUCACGGUUACCGGUGGAGUUGAGUAGCUUGGAGACGAUGAUGCCGUUGCACAGCGCAAUUGCCUCUGCGCGAUUGCAGUCAAGCUUGUCUUUAGAGUCGCAGGCAUGGGGUUUAGUUCCUCAAGGUAUCUCAAUGCCUUUAUAGUUCUAAGCAAGACUUUGCUGGGGCAAGUGUUUAUCUCUGAUCAGUAGUGAUGUAGAUCACAGCUUUACUCUUUUCUUAUGCCUUCAGAAACAAAAAUGAUCUUGGUCAAUCGCAAUAACAUCAACUACAAAGAGGGUCUAUUUUAUUCCUUUGGUUGCAACUCUUGCUUUUCAUUAGAUGCUGUUGUUUUGUAUGCUUCUCCACGAGGUGAAAUUGUCGGUACUGUAAAGGUUGAUAGGCAAUUUUCGACUAGCUAUAGCAGAGAAAUUUGGGAGCAUUGCCAUUAUUGUUCUAAAAUGCUUAUGCUGCUUUGGUAUUAUUCAUGUCUAUCAACAA